AGCAAGUUACAUUUCCUGUCCUUAUCUGAAGUUGAUGAAAUCAAGUAAAUCAAGAGGGAGAUAAAAGAUGCAUAUACUGUGGCCGACGCUUCUUCUGGGAUCGGUAGUAUUGGCAGAGGAGCAGUAUUUCCUGAAUUCCAGUGCCACCACAUGGGAUGAAGCAAGGGACCACUGUCAGGCCUGUUUCAAGGAUCUGGCAACCAUCACUUAUAGGAAUAUCCACCUCAUUUUGCAGAACCUCAAUUCAGAAUACUGGAUUGGACUUCGCAGGAGAUUCAAUGACUCCAAACCAUGGUCUAGAUGGUCUAAUGGGGACUAUGUUACAUAUCAAAACUGGUAUCCUGGCCAUCCUGUAAGGGUCAAAACAUGUUCUUCAACUACAACCAGCACCUUAGAUAUUGUUCUGACAAGUAACAGCCCAGUUUCUGUUUUAAUCAGUACCCCAGUGAGUGAUUCGACCAGUACCCCAGUGACUGAUUCCACUAGUACCCCAGUGACUGAUUCAACCAGUUUCACCCUGGUGACUGAUUCAACCAGUAACCCAAUAAACGAUUUGACCAAUACCCCAGUGAAUGAUUUAACCAGUACCAGUACAAAUACCACCUUAGUGACUGAUUCAACCAGUACCCCAGUGAGUGAUUCAAGCAGUACCUCAAGGACUGAUUCAACCAGUAUCACCCUGGUGACUGAUUCAGCCAGUACCCCAGUGACUGAUUCAGCCACUACCCCAGUGACUGAUUCAACCAGUACCCCAGUGACUGAUUCAACCAGUACCCUAGUGACUGAUUCAACCAGUACCCCAAUAAACGAUUUGACCAAUAACCCAGUGAAUGAUUUAACCAGUACCAAUACCACCUUAGUGACUGAUUCAAGCAGUACCCAAGUGAGUGAUUCAACCAGUAUCACCCUGGUGACUGAUUCAACCAGUACCCCAGUGAGUGAUUCAACCAGUACCCCAAUAAACGAUUUGACCAAUAACCCAGUGAAUGAUUUAACCAGUACCAGUACCAAUACCACCUUAGUGACUGAUUCAACCAGUACUUAUUCAAGCAGUACCCCAGUAACUGAUUCCAGCAGGACCCCAGUGAGUGAUUCAACCAGUAUCACCCUGGUGACUGAUUCAACCAGUACCCCAGUGACUGAUUCAAGCAGUACCCCAGUGAGUGAUUCAACCAGUAUCACCCUGGAGACUGAUUCAACCAGUACCUCAGUGACUGAUUCAAAUAGUAUCAGCCUGAUGACUGAUUCAACCAGAGCCCCAGUGAAUGAUUCAACCAGUACCACCCCAGUGACUGAUUUAACCAGUACCCCAAUGAAUGAUUCAACUAGUAUCACCCCAUUGAAUGAUUCAACCAAUACCACCUUAGUGACUGAUUCAACCAGUACCCCGGUGACUGAUUCAGCCAGUACCGAAGUGACUGAUUCAACCAGUACCCCAGUGACUGAUUCAACCAGUACCGAAGUGACUGAUUCAACCAGUACCCCAGUGAGUGAUUCAACCAGUACCCCAAUAAACGAUUUGACCAAUAACCCAGUGAAUGAUUUAACCAGUACCAGUACCAAUACCACCUUAGUGACUGAUUCAACCAGUACCCUAGUGACUUAUUCUUCCAGUACCCCGGUGACUGAUUCAGCCAGUACCGAAGUGACUGAUUCAACCAGUACCCCAGUGAGUGAUUCAACCAGUAUCACCCUGGUGACUGAUUCAACCAGUACCCUAGUGACUUAUUCUUCCAGUACCCCGGUGACUGAUUCAGCCAGUACCGAAGUGACUGAUUCAACCAGUACCCCAGUGACUGAUUCAACCAGUACCGAAGUGACUGAUUCAACCAGUACCGAAGUGACUGAUUCAACCAGUACCGAAGUGACUGAUUCAACCAGUACCCCAGUGACUGAUUCAACCAGUACCGAAGUGACUGAUUCAACCAGUACCCCAGUGAACGAUUCAACCAGUACCACCCCACUGAAUGAUUCAAACGGUACAACCUUAAUGACUGCUCCAAACAGUUCAACCCCAAUGAGCUCAACCACAUCACAUAUUAGCAGUACAGAAGAUCAGCGCUCCCUACUGACACAAAUGCCUAAUUUCCUAAAUAUGAAAUACUCUAUAAAUAAAACUGGGACAAUUGUCAGUUCAGCUUCUCAACCUUUAUGCCACAAACUACUGCGUGUUAAUAUCAUCCCUAGCAUACAAAAAAUAUGUGAUGAUGAUGAAGAGUAUAUUGAGGACGCUUGUGUGGCCUUGCUCAUUUAUGGCAUGUGGAUAGAAAGAAAUUGCAAUGAAAACAUUCCCUUUAUCUGUUAUGAAGAGCGUUUUAUGGGUGAAAUACACAUUUCCAAUGUGACAAAAACUGAGGGUUACCUAUCCUGGAGUCCAGCACCAGGGGAGAUUACCCACUACAGAGUGGAAGUUACAGCAGACCUAAACCAGACUUUUAAUUCAAAUGAGACAGGCCUGUCUAAACAAUUAUUGAACCUUAAAGAAGCAACUCGAUAUGAUGUUCAGGUCUUCCCAGUGAAAUGUGGCAGGGAUCUCAACCCUCAGAAUAUUUCUUUCUAUACCAUCCCAUCUGGUGUUUAUAAUCUGAAUGUAAUGAAGGUGACAAAUAAAAGCGUCGAACUGAGCUGGGAUCACUCAGGAGGAUAUGAUAUAUAUUCAGUAAAUGUGUCAGAUGUAUCCAAACUACAUAAUGCAAAUGAAAGUACAAUUGUGAUAUCAGAUCUUACACCAGCGAAAAUGUAUAAUUUCACAGUUACUGCUAUAGUUAAUGGUACUACAGAAAGUGUGUCAGAGAGCGUUUCCACCUACACCAAGCCUUCACCUGUCCUGAAUCUAAAAUCAGCAGAUAAAUAUGAUACAGUCAUAAAUGCUUUCUGGACAAAACCCAGUGAAAUCCUUUCGGGUUACCGUGUUUGUCUUAAUGAAAACAAUAUAUUUUGCAGUAAUUGCAGUGACUGUGAGGAGUGCAGUGAGUGUGUAAACUGUACUAACACAAACUCAACAGCUGCAUGGAUAAACUUUACAGGUAAAACUCCUGACACAAAAUAUAUUCUGUGUGUGGCUUCACUAACAAACAACAAUGAAGUACAAGGAGAAAUGGUUCAAAUUGAUGCAUACACAUGUCCGAAAAAAGUGGCAAAUCUUUCUUUAUCUUCAACUAAUCAAUCCAUUACUGCCAACUGGAAUUUUAUUGAAACUUAUAAAAGAUUCAAUGUGAGCAUUAAAGCAGAUUGCUGGGUUGGCACAUCUAAUGUCACUAACCAAUCGAGUUAUACUUUCAAUGAUCUGAGGGGAGCAGUAAGCUACACCGUCACUGUUAUCACUCUUUCUGAGAAAUAUAAAUUGGAAAGUGAUCCUGCUGAACGAUCAGUGUAUACCACCCCAUCUGCUGUUUAUAAUCUGAAUGUAAUGAAGGUGACAAAUGAAAGUGUCGAACUGAGCUGGGAUCACUCAGGAGGAUACGAUUUCUAUUCCGUAAACGUGUCAGAAGUAAUCAAACUACAUACCGCAAAUACAAAUAAAAUUGUGAUACCGGGUCUUACACCAGCGAAAAUGUAUAAUUUCACAGUUACUGCUAUAGUUAAUGGUGCUACAGAAAGUGUGCCAGAGGGCGUUUCUACUUACACCAAGCCUUCACCUGUCAUGAAUCUAAAAUCAGCAGAUGAAUAUGAAACAAUCAUAAAUGCUUUCUGGACAAAACCUAAUGAAAACCUUUCGGGUUACCGUUUUUGUCUUAAUGAAAACAAUUUAUUUUGCAAUAAUUGCAGUGUGUGCGUAAACUGGUGUAACACAAACUCAACAGAUGAGUGGAUUAACUUUCCAGGUAAAACACCUGGCACAAAAUAUAUUCUCUGUGUGGCUGCACUAACAAACAACAAUGAAUUACAAGGAGAAAUUGUUCAAAUUGAUGCGUACACACGUCCAAGCAAUGUGGCAAAUCUUUCUUUAACUUCAACUAAUCACUCCAUUACUGCCAACUGGUUGUUGAAUGAAGGUUAUAAAAGUUUCAAUGUGAGCAUUAAUGCAGAUGACUGGGAUGGCACGUCUAUUGUCACUAAUCAAUCAAGUUAUACUUUCAAUGAGCUGCAAGCAGCAGAAAGCUACACCAUCACUGUCAUCACUCUGUCUAAGAAAUAUGAAUUGGAAAGUGAUGGUGUUGAACAAUCAGUGUAUACCAAGCCUUCACCUGUCCUGAAUCUAACAUCAGCAGAUAAUAAUGAAACAAUCAUAAAUGCUUCCUGGACAAAACCUAAUGAAAUCCUUUCAGGUUACCGGGUUUGUCUUAAUGAAAAAAAUAUAUUUUGCAGUAAUUGUAGUGCCUGUGAGGAGUGCAGUGAGUGCGUAAACUGUAUAAUCACAACAACAACAGCUGCAUGGAUAAACUUUCCAGAUAAAACACCUGGCACAAAAUAUAUUCUGUGUGUGGCUGCACUAACAAACAACAAUGAAGUACAAGGAGAAAUGGUUCAAAUUGAUGCAUACACACGUCCAAGCAAAGUGGCAUAUCUUUAUUUAACUUCAACUAAUCACUCCAUUACUGCCAAUUGGUUGUUGAAUAAAGGUUAUAAAAGUUUCAAUGUGAGCAUUAAAGCGGAUGACUGGGUUGGCACGACUAUCACUUAUCAAACGAGUUAUACUUUCAAUGACCUGCAAGCAGCAGUAAGCUACACCGUCACUGUCAUCACUCUUUCUGAGAAAUAUAAACUGGAAAGUGAUCCUGCUGAACUAUCAUUGUAUACCAAGCCUUCACCUGUCCUGAAUCUAAAAUCAGCAGAUGAAUAUGAUACAAUCAUAAAUGCUUUCUGGACAAAACCUAGUGAAAUCCUUUCAGGUUACCGUGUUUGUCUUAAUGAAAACAAUAUAUUUUGCAAUAAAUGCAGUGAUUGCAAUGACUGCAGUGAGUGUGUAAACUGUAUAAUCACAACAGCUGAGUGGAUAAAGUUUACAGGUAAAACUCCUGGCACAAAAUAUAUUCUGUGUGUGGCUGCACUAACAAACAACAAUGAAACACAAGGAGAAAUGGUUCAAAUUGAUGCAUACACACGUCCGAGCAAAGUGGCAGAUCUUUCUUUAUCUUCAACUAUUCACUCCAUUACUGCCAACUGGUUGUUAACUGAAGGUUAUAAAAGUUUCAAUGUGAGCAUUAAAGCAGAUGGCUGGGUUGGCACGUUUAUUGUCACUGAUCAAUCGAGUUAUACUUUCAAUGAACUGCAAGCAGCAGUAAACUACACCAUCACUGUCAUCACUCUUUCUGAGAAAAAUAAAUUGGAUAGUGAUCCUGCUAAACAAUCAGUGUAUACCGAGCUUGUUUCUCCAGGACCGGCAACUGCUACUGUUCUUGACCAUACUGCCAUAAAUGUUACCUGGGGAGUUCCCACAGAGUUGACAGGAAACUCAACAAUUACAUAUAAUGUGACAGUUCACUCUGAGUACUGGCAGAAAUAUGAUACAAGCCAUUUAACCCAGAAUAGGUUUAUCAUCUUUAAUGAUUUAAAGUCAGGAACAAAAUAUACCUUCAGUGUCAGUGUUGUGGCUGGCAAAAACCAGAGUGCUCCAGUCUUUGCUUAUGGAAUGACAGUGCCUAAUAAGACGCAAGUGACCUUUGCAGUGAUGUGCACCAGUGAAACAUCACUUUACUGUAGCAAGAGUACAACUCUGACAGAAAUAAAAGAAGAGCUUGAAAAUCAGUUUGGAAAUAAAUAUAAAGAUGUCUACUGGAAACUUGAAAAGAUUGACAGAAAAUGAUGUUGUCACAGUCCCUACAACAAAAACUUGGACCACUGCACUGCGGUCUUUAUACCCAUACAACGGAUAUAAAUAACAGCAAAACAGAAGUCAGUUAAGUUUCAACUUCAUUUAGUUGCAGUUCCUCAGUUUAUCAUCUGUGAGGAAUAUACAAGAAAUGAACCCAAGUGCAGACAGAACUAAAAAAUAAUAAUUUAUUAACAGACAAGGGAAAACAAAACCCACGAGGGGGCAAAACAAGACAGGAUGAGGAAAACACUAAACUAACAUUAAACUAACAAUAAACUUCACGCUACAUAUAACAGACCAGACUAGACUAGACUAGACUAGACUAGACUAGACUAGAUAUUAUAAAUACUCACAAAUGCUAAACAGGAACACGACAAGGAUUGCAACACGGAUACAAGAAGACGCACGAGCACAGAACAGCAAACACAAGGACAAUAAAUAGGGACAAAGUAAAUUACAUACACCUGGAAAUCAUUACAAGUAAGGGAUCCGGGAAAAAGUGACAAGACCCGGGAAAUGCGUGGUCAGAAUAAACCAAUACUAAAACCACAAAUUUCCCACAUAAAACAUGGUACUGCCAGGACCCCGAACACAAAGACUAGAUAUAAUUAAACAUGAUUUUGACGGAUCCUGACAGUAUCUUUCUUAUAGAAUUAUUGUGUUGCAUUGCAUGAAUUAUUGGAAAUUGAUAUGUAUGCAUACUUUAUUUUUUUAAAUUAAGAUAUAAUUAUAUUAUAUUUUCUUUAUAGUUUUUAUCUAUAUAGGUUCAUGUAUUUUUUUCUGCAGAAAUUCCUAUUGUUUUUUAUUUGUUGUUGUUUUUUGACACAACUGUCAAUGUAAUGUAUUUUAUUUUAAUAUGUACUGUCUGUUUCAAAAAUGUUAUCUUCUGUAAAGCUGUAAAAUGGUGGACAGACAUAACAUUUUAUUUGCAAUGGGUGGCCUGGCUGAGCACCCCUUGGUGGUGGGGAUGGUCCUAAAACUUUAUGUAUGAAAAUAUAUACUUUUUUAUCAUUUCUUGAUAAUUAUGCAAAAGUUUAAUUUCUUGAUUGUUACAAAAUGAUAAAUUGAUACAUAUACUGUACACCCUUAAAUGUAAAAUCCAGUGUGCAUUUAUUAAAUGUAUUUAUUCUUG